AGCCUCGGCGGGAUGACGGGGUGGGGCGGGGCCUCCUGGUAGCCCUGCUCCCCGUUUUCGAAGGACUCCCGGAUAAAGUCGCAGUUCAGCCCCUCCGAGGCCCAUCUGCGCAGUCCACGACGCCAGCACCAUGCCCCUGACACUGGGUUACUGGGACGUCCGCGGGCUGACUCACCCCAUUCGUCUGCUCCUGGAAUACACAGACUCCAGCUAUGAGGAGAAGAGAUACACUUUGGGGGACGCUCCUGACUAUGACAGAAGCCAGUGGCUGAGUGAGAAGUUCAAGCUGGGCCUGGAUUUCCCCAAUCUGCCCUACUUGAUUGAUGGUGCUCACAAGGUCACCCAGAGCAAUGCCAUCCUGCGCUACAUCGCCCGCAAACACAACCUGUGUGGGGAGACAGAAGAGGAGAAGAUUCGUGUGGACAUUUUGGAGAACCAGGUCACAGACAUCCGCACACAAUUCAUCAUGCUCUGCUACAACUCAGACUUUGAAAAGCUGAAGCCAGAGUAUUUGCAAGGCCUCCCUGACAAGAUAAAGCUUUUCUCACAGUUCCUGGGGAAGCGGCCGUGGUUUGCAGGGGACAAGAUCACCUUUGUGGAUUUCCUGGCUUAUGAUAUCCUUGAUAUGCACCGAAUGUUUGAACCCAAGUGCCUGGAUGCGUUCCCCAACCUGAAGGACUUCAUUUCCCGCUUUGAGGGCCUGAAGAAGAUCUCUGCUUACAUGAAGAGCAGCCGCUUCCUCCCGACACCAGUGUUCACAAAGAUGGCCACGUGGGGCUGCAAGUAGGACCAGGAGAUGGGGGCAUGGAGCCCAUCAUCAUCCUGCCCUAGAAGCAGCUGGCCCCACUACAGCCCUGACUCUACCCUCUCAUUCCUUCUUCUUUCCAUCAUCUUCCUAUUCUUUGGCCUCCCCAGUUGUUUUCUUUUGCCUAAUCCUUGCCCCUUUCAGGCCAUUAAAAAAAAGCCUCUGUUCCCCAUUUCCCUUCAGCAUCCUGGCUAUCCUCCCUGGCAAUGGCUGCUUGGAGGAGCCUGGCUGGGCCCCUGACCUUGGAGCUCAGUCCUGCUCUCUUGAGCUCUGUCCAAAAGACCCAUGUUGGGCCACUGCACGGUCCUGUUCCCCAAUGAGGGCCCUGGCAGAUUUCUAAUAAAGUCUGAAUUACACUUGC